AUGGCAUAUCGUGUUUUGACGACAGCCAAAAAGCUCGAAUCCGUUCUCGUCGGGCUGAACAGGCCACACCGCACCGUGAAUGGGCCGGACUGUGAACAGAUUAUUCGCAGCCUAAGUUAUCUCGAAUCCAAAAGCAACAAAACGUGGAACGAAUUCAUCCGCCGUAUACAGGUGUUUUGUGAAAAGCCACCGAAAGGGUUCGAGAAAUACUACAAACCACCUGGUGCUGGCCAGCAAAAGCAAACAAGCAAAGCUGGUGAAAGCACAGCCAGUAAAGAUGGCAAUACGUCUGACCCUCAGCCCAACUCGUCCCAAUCCACUGCAACUCCGCCGGAUGCAUCGCCUCGUAAGAGUGAUUGGAAUUUGGGGAUGUUUUCACCCCAACCGGCACGUGGUAAGGGUGGUUCCAGCAGUGGAAGCGGUGGUUCUGGUCGUCCCAUUGGCGGGGGCGAAGAUGGCGAUAAAGAGAAAAUGCUGAUCUUUGGUGCGUUGGCUGGUAUUGCAUUAAUAUCGGCCAUUGCGUUCUUCGAGAUGGGCUACAAGGAAAUAGCGUGGAAGGAAUUUGUGAACAACUACCUCGCCCGGGGCAUCGUCGACAAGCUAGAAGUGGUUAACAAAAAAUGGGUCCGCGUUAAACUAACACCCGGCAAUGCCACAGAUUCGUCGGGCGUUCUGUGGUUUAACAUUGGCAGCGUAGAUUCGUUCGAGCGCAACCUAGAGAAUGUACAAACCGACAUGAACAUCGAGCCGGUAAACUUUGUCCCGGUGAUCUACCGGAGCGAGCUGGAGGCAUCCAGCCUGACGGGUCUUUUGCCGACCCUACUCAUUAUCGGAUUUCUCGUAUACAUGAUGCGUCGCUCUUCGGAAAUGAUGGGUGGCGGCCGAGGAGGACGACGUGGCGGUGGUCUAUUCGGUGGCGUCAUGCAAUCGACCGCCAAGCUAAUCAAUGCUAAUGAAAUCAACGUCGGUUUCAAGGAUGUAGCCGGUUGCGAGGAGGCCAAGAUCGAAAUCAUGGAGUUUGUGAAUUUUCUUAAAAACCCCCAGCAGUAUAUUGAUCUUGGAGCGAAAAUCCCCAAAGGAGCCAUGCUGACAGGGCCACCCGGUACGGGCAAAACGUUGCUUGCAAAAGCAACUGCUGGCGAAGCAAACGUUCCGUUCAUUACAGUGUCGGGUUCGGAGUUUUUAGAAAUGUUUGUUGGUGUGGGACCGUCGCGAGUACGCGACAUGUUUGCUAUGGCACGCAAGAACGCACCGUGCAUUCUGUUCAUCGAUGAAAUCGAUGCCGUUGGACGAAAGCGCGGUGGCAAAAGCUUCGGAGGACAUUCGGAGCAAGAAAACACACUCAACCAGCUGCUAGUGGAGAUGGAUGGGUUUAACACAACGACCAAUGUGGUGGUGCUGGCCGCGACGAACCGAGUGGACAUUCUGGACAAGGCACUGCUACGACCGGGACGCUUCGAUCGACAGAUUUACGUGCCAGCACCCGACAUUAAGGGACGCGCCUCCAUUUUCAAAGUGCAUUUGGGACCGCUCAAGACGGAUCUGGACAAAACAGAUCUAGCGCGCAAAAUGGCCGCCCUUACACCAGGCUUCACGGGAGCGGACAUUGCGAACGUGUGUAACGAGGCGGCCCUGAUUGCGGCCCGCGAUCUGAACGAGUCCAUAAUCAUGAAGCACUUCGAGCAAGCAAUCGAACGAGUAAUUGCGGGCAUGGAGAAGAAAACGAACGUGCUGUCGCCAGAGGAAAAACGAACCGUUGCGUACCACGAGGCAGGACACGCUGUCUGUGGCUGGUUCCUGGAGCACUCCGAUCCAUUGUUGAAGGUGUCGAUUAUACCACGCGGUAAAGGUCUCGGCUAUGCGCAGUACCUUCCGAAGGAUCAGUACCUGCUAACGACGGAGCAGCUGUACGAUCGUAUGUGCAUGACGUUGGGCGGUCGUGUAUCGGAAGAAAUUUUCUUCGAACGCAUCACGACCGGAGCGCAGGACGAUCUCAAAAAAAUUACCGACAGUGCGUACGCCCAAAUAACGCGCUUCGGCAUGAACAAGAAGGUUGGCAACGUUAGCUUCGACAGUUCGCAGCCGGGCGAUCCCAUGUUCACGAAACCCUACUCGGAACAGACGGCACAAAUUAUCGACGAAGAGGUCCGUGCUCUGAUCGAUCGGGCGUAUGUGCGAACGAAGGCGCUGCUGACGAAGCAUCGGGCCGAUGUGGAGAAGGUAGCGGAACGGUUACUCAAGAACGAGAUUCUAAGCCGUGACGACAUGAUCGAACUGCUCGGCAAGCGCCCAUUCCCGGAAAAGUCGACGUACGAGGAGUUCGUAGAGGGUACGGGUUCGUUCGAGGAGGACACUACACUGCCGGAUGGGUUGGCCAGCUGGAACAAGGAAAAGGCACAAGAAAAGGAUGCAACAAGUGCAAAGGGAGGCGAUGAAGAGAGCAAACUAAAGGCGUAA